AUGGGUGACCCAUCAGAGCCAGAAAGAAUCAUCAAGACCGAUCUGUGGGAGUUUGCUGCCAGGCGCAGAACAGAUGGGCCGUAUGCUGAUAAUCUGGACAUUGACGUCCUGAUUGUAGGAGCUGGCUUCGGUGGCAGCUACCUGCUAUAUGAAAUGCGAAAGGCCGGCUAUAACACCGUGCUAUACGACGCAGGCACCAGCUUCGGAGGUACUUGGAGGUGGAACGUCUACCCUGGGGCAAGAGUCGACAGUCCCGUACCGAUAUACGAGCUGGCUAUUCCAGAAGUGUACAAUACUUGGACGUGGACAACAAACUACCCCGACUGGCAUGAGCUACAAGCCUAUUUUGACCACGUCGAUAAAGUCCUUGAUCUCAGCAAAGACUGUGCUUUCCAGUCAGUCGUGACCAGUGCCGAGUUCGACCAGUCCGCUGGCAAAUGGCAUGUCAAGACAGCAGAUGGACGCAAUGCGAAAGCCAAGUUCUUGAUUGUCGCUGCCGGCUUCGCCGCGAAGCGUUACAUCCCAGGGUUCCCGUCAAUGGAGAAGUUCAAGGGUACCAUGUGCCAUUCAUCCUUCUGGCCUAACGAAGGCAUUGACUACGUCGGUAAGCGCGUAGCUGUCAUUGGCACAGGCGCCUCUGGCGUCCAAAUGAUCCAAGAAAUGGGCCCUGUCGCCACUCAACUGGACGUCUACCAACGCACGCCGAAUCUGGCCCUGCCGAUGGGCAAACGUGACCUCACCAAAGAGGAACAAGACCACCUGAAGCCCUACUACCCGAAGAUCCUCGCCUACCGCGAACGCUGCUUCGCCGGUUUCGACUACGAUCUGUGCGAGCGCAACACCUUUGAUGACACACCCGAGGAACGCGAAAAGUUCUUCGACGGCCUCUGGAAGCAAGCCGGCUUCGCUCUCUGGCUCGGCGGCUACAAGGACUACCUCUUCGACCAGAAAGCCAAUGACGAGUCCUACAACUACUGGCGCAAGAGGCAGUCUGUGCGUGUCAAGGACCCGGAGAAGAAGAAGGUGCUUUUCCCCGAGAAGAAGCCGCACGCCUUUGGCAUCAAGCGUCCCUGUCUCGAGCAGAACUACUAUGAGGUCCUCGACCGCGACAACGUCGGCGUCGUCAACAUCAACGAAGACGGCGGCACACCCAUCACCGAAUUCACGGCCGAAGGCAUCAUCACCAAGGACGGCAAGGAGCGCAAGUACGACAUCAUCGCGCUGGCCACGGGCUUUGACGUCGUCACGGGCGGCAUGACGAGCAUGGGCCUCAAGAGCAUCAACGACACGUACCUGCAGGAUGAGUGGAAGGAGGGCGCCCAAACCUACCUAGGCACCACCAUCUCGGGCUACCCGAACAUGUUCCACCUGUAUGGCCCGCACGGCCCCACCUUGCUGUCCAACGGGCCCUCCAGCGUCGAGGUGCAGGGCCGCUGGAUCCGCGACGCCAUCAAGCUCGCCACCGCCCAGAAGGUCAAGUUCAUCAACCCCAAGAAAGAGGCGAGCGACAAGUGGAAGGAGCGAAUAAAUGAGUUGGGGAAUGCCACCCUCUUUCCCACCACCAGGAGCACCUACAUGGGCGGUACUGUGCCUGGUAAGAAAAACGAAAUGACCUGCUACGCUGGCGGUGUUGGCGCGUACAAGGAUGAGAUCAGGGCCAAGUUGUCAGGCUGGCAAGGUUUCGAGGUCGUUGCGAACUGA